CAGACACAGAGACACCAAAAAUGCUCCUUUCUCUCUCCCUCUGAGUUCUUCUUCUUCUCAAGUCAGCAGCAAAGAACAAAACUUGGACCUUUUCAAAUUCUCAUCGCAUUUUCAUUUCCAUGGAAGUCUCACCAUUUGCAUUAAAAGGGAAUCCUUGAGUUGAGUUUUGAGCUUCUCUCGUCUUCUAGAUCUACUUCUGCACUUGUCCCUCUCUCUCUCUCUCUCUCUCUCAGUUUCAUCUUUAGUAGGAUCGGAUUAUAUAGAAGGGCGUGGAGAUGGUCAAAAAAGCCAAAUGGCUCAAGAAUGUAAAGAAGGCUUUUAGCCCUGAUUCAAAGAAAUUGAAACACGGAUCGGUUGAGUGUCAAAACAGUGUCAUCUCUUACCCUGUCUUGAUUGCCACAUCCAGAAGUUCCUCUCCUCAGUUUGAAGUUAGAGUUGAUGAGGUCAACUGUGAUCACAAGAAGAAUAAUCCGUGCCCUCCUCCAUCACAUUCUGUGACUGCUACUGUUGCAGAUGUUCCUCUACAUUCACCUCCAUCUUCUCCUGAAUCUGUUCAUCAUGCCAUAGUUGAUGAUAGGUUUUCGGGGAUGUCAAAGGAAGAAGCUUCUGCCAUCUUCAUUCAGACUACCUUUAGGGGCUUUUUGGCAAGAAGAGAAUUGCAGGCGAUGAGGGGGCGGGAUAGACUUAAGAUACUGAUGGAAGGAUCGGUUGUACAACGGCAAGCUGCAAAUACACUUAGAUGUAUGCAGACUCUCACUCGUGUUCAGUCACAAAUACGAUCUAGGAGAAUCAGGAUGUCAGAAGAGAAUCAGGCUCGACAUAAGCAACUUCUUCAGAAGCAUGCCAAAGAGCUAGGAGGCUUCAAGAAUGUGGGUAAUUGGAACUACAGCAAUCAGUCGAAGGAACAAGUCGAAGCGGGGAUGUUGCACAAGUACGAGGCGACAAUGAGAAGGGAAAGAGCGUUAGCUUAUGCAUUCACACAUCAGCAAAACUUGAAGAGCAACUCCAAAACUGUGAAUCCUAUGUUUAUGGAUCCUAGCAACCCGACUUGGGGUUGGAGCUGGUUAGAGAGGUGGAUGGCUGGCCGGCCAUGGGAGAGUUCAGAGAAAGAACAAAAAAACAACGAAAACUCCUCAGUCAAGAACUCAACUAACCGUGUUUCCCAUGGAGGAGAAACCACAAAAUCUUCAAACCGCAACAAACUCAAUAGAUCGACUCAACCCAAUCCCUCAUCAUCAUCAUCAUCCACCACCACCAAAAACCCGAGAAAGAAGAGGCCAAUCCCAUCGUCCACAAAAUCCAAGAGCAGUGAUGAAGACACCAAGAGCUCGGAGAAGAACCGUAGGCACAGCAUUGCAAGGUCAUCUGUUAGUGAUGACGAGAACCUGGCUAGCACAACUGCUAGACGUAGUAGUAACAUGGUUCCCACGACAAAAUCAGCACGUGGCAAACUUAAGCCCCAGACCACAUCAAGCGUGGCCGUGACCAUGACCGCAACGGAUGGAAAAAAAGUUUUACCGGAGAAAGCACCAGCAAAGAAGCGGCUCUCCAACUCGGCUUCACCUGCACCCAAACCCAGACGAUCCUCAGCCCCGCCGAAGGUUGAAAACGGCGCUCUCAAGGCAGAGAGAACCCCCUGACCAACCGAGGUCAUUAUAUGAUUUUUGUCGUCAGUGUUAUCAGAUUUGUUUCAACUAUACGCAGUGUUGGUUACAAGAAAGCCUUACGGUGAUUCAUGUGUGCAUAGUGUAAGUCUCUAUUGUUUAUGUAAUUCUUUUGUAUCUCAAAAAAGCAAACUAGAAUAAUACUUACAACUUCAAGAGCUAACGACCAAUUGUUUGCUACA